UUUUCUUUUUCCUUUGACAAGAGAGAUGGAAAUUUUCCAUCAUGAAGCUGAAAGUGAUGAUAUGGCGGGAAACCAAGCCUAGUUAUUGACCACAACACAGAGACCCUAAUUCCAACCCUAAUUUCAAUCCCAAUUAGAAAUCGAAUAAGAGAAGUUGACCAUGGCAGAGGCGGAGGAGCUUCCCAAAACCAUCGUACGCCGUGUGGUGAAGGAAAAGCUAUCCACUUGCUCCGACGACGGAGACAUUGCCGUUCACAAAGACGCUCUUCUCGCAUUCUCCGAAAGUGCCAAAAUAUUCAUCCACUACCUUUCCGCUACGGCUAAUGAUAUAUGUAAGGAGUCAAAGAGGCAAAUUAUCAACGCUGAAGAUGUUUUCAAAGCUCUUGAAGAAACUGAGUUUACUGAAUUUGUUAACCCUCUAAAAGAUUCUCUUGAAGAGUUUAGGAAGAAGAAUGCUGGGAAGAAAGCGACCGUGUCAAAGGGAAAGGGAGAUGAGAAGGGAAAGAAAAGAAAGUUGGAAGGUGAGCCGUCUGAUAAAGGUGAGCCAUCUGAAAAAGGCGAUCAAGGAGAGCCAUCUGAGAAAGGCGAUCAAGGAGAGCCAUCUGAUAAAGGAGAUCAAGGUGAGCCAUCCGAGAAAGGCGAACAAGGUGAUGAUGAUGACCUAUGGCAUUAGAACAAGGUGAUGAUGAUGAUCAAUGAAAUGAAAGGAAUGAGGGCAAUGACAUUAGUUACUAGUCACACCUGAGUCAAGAUGUAAAACUUAUUUAUGAUUCCUUGUGGCUUGAAUGCUGCGUACUUGUCAACUAUGUAUUAAUCUCAAAAAUAUAGCUUUCAGCCAAGUUUUGUUUGUAAAAUGCUAGCCUCCACUAACCCUGAUGGAAGGAAGCUUUUAGGAAGAAUAUUCCAUCCUAAAUCUUGGAUGAUUUCAUUCUUUCAUUAUGUGCGUUUGGAUAUAGAGGGUUGAACAUGAGCAAUUCUAUUUACA